GCGCACCGGUAACGUAGAUCUUUCGUGUAUGAAUCAGCUGAUCAUCAGAUAAAGACGUCCGCCGAAAGUGUUGUCAGUUUUUGCUUGAAAUAUAAUCCAACAGGAUGUCGUUAAACACGGCGCACGCUAACGGUGGUGUUCUUAUUCAUUCUGGAGAGUGCAUACUUCUCUUCUGCGACAAUGUCACUAUGGAGUUUCAUGGACAGGACCAACCUCAGUUCAUUGGGACUAAACGAGGGCGUUUAUACUUAACCACUCAUCGUAUGAUCUUUAAUGCAAAAGAUCCGAAAGAACCAAUGCAGUCUUUCAGCUUUCCCUUUAUCACACUAAGUGAAGUUGAGCUUGAACAGCCUAUGUUCGGAGCUAAUUAUAUCAAAGGCAAAUGCCGUGCUCAACCAAAUGGAAAUUGGGUCGGGGAAUGCAAAUUUAAAUUGCACUUCAAGAGUGGUGGUGCUAUUGAAUUUGGACAGGCAAUGCUGAGGGCAGCAUCAAUGGCACAACGCAAUGGUGGUGCUGCUUUCGAUGCUCCACCACCAUAUCAACCUCCAAGUACUGAUUGGUAUGCUGCACCUCCGCCAGCUUAUCAGGCUGCUCCUACUGGAUAUUAUGGAUGGGUACCACCGACUAAUGUGUUUCCUGACCAACCACCAGCAAACAGUGUAUAUAUGACUGAUAUGCCACCACCGUAUCCUGGCAUCAACGCACCAUAUCAAGGAUAUGCUACAGGAGGAAAUCCUCAACAGCAACAAGGAGCUUGGGGCGGCGCUGGGCAGCAACCUACUUGGGCGCCACCACAACAAAACGGCGCUCCAGGAUGGGCUAAUCCUGGUUACAACGGACAACCAAUGUCUCAAGCAGAUGCCAAAGCCGCCGAAGCUGCCCAAAGUGCAUACUACGAUCCGAACAAGCCUCAAUGUGCAUACGUUCCGCCGCCUGCAUAUUACGAGAGCCCGCCAAGUUUCCAACAGGCGACCGAGAAGAAGGACCAGUGAAGACAAUUCGAAACUAUCUGGAAACGAGACUUUUUUCUAUAAAAAGUAUUUCAAAAACGCUUACCAAAUAAUUUACAAUUUGUUGUUAUUUUUCUAUCUGUUUCGCGUCAUUUAAUAUUCGAUUUGUCGCAAAAUCUCACGCGCAUUCCGAUUAGAGGUAGAUUGCCGUUGCAGUUGCGCAAAUGUAUUAUUCAGCAUUGAUAAGUAAUUUACACAUUGCAUAUUUAUUUUGACGUAUCUUCAAAGACAGACGUACGGAGAAAGUGAGAAAAAAUGAUAGUGAUAAAGAGUGGGUUGGUAGAAGAGAAUCCCAUUAUGAUUUCUCUUUUUAUAUUUCUCGAGAAUUGAAUCCUAAGGCCGUACGUGAUCAUAUUAAUGAAAAUUUUUGAGCCAUGAUCGUUAAGCUAUAUACGUGCAAUGCGCAAGCCUGCGACUUGGUAAAAAGCCUUGUAAAAUUCUGCAAGUAUUUAUCGUUACUUGUUAUCUAGAUUAUAUAUUUGACUUUGUAUCACAGAAGGUAUUGCUGUUUCGCGUCUCAUGCAUUUCACUGUAUGUAUCGUAAUAAAACACAGCAUAUGUAUCGA